AUGACGCGCCAACUCCAGGGCCUCAAAUGGGCUCUGGAAGACCACAAUUGCGACGUCGUCCGGAAUAUCCUUCUUCGCUACGUACCUCCGCUCCGUGCCAAGAUGUGCCACGAAUUGCAUGAGAUGCUCAGCGUGCUGGGUGCAGCCAUUGUCGGGGGCCCGGACAUGCUCAACCUCUUGUUAGAAGCUGGGGCCGACCCUAAUCGUUUCUUCGACGACCAGCAUCUGCCACUGCAAGGUGUGGUAGGAUCCAGCGUGGACAUGACCGUUGCCCUGCUUCAACACAAUGCAGACCCCAACAAAGCCGGCCGAUCUGGCUCAACUGCCAUGCACACCGCUGCCCGCUACGGACGCGUGGACGUGCUUGGUAAACUUAUCGAGGCUGGUGGAGAUGUCAAUAAAGUCGACAAAAGUUCCCAUGGCGGCGUGAUGAUGCAGGCGGCCACCAACGGCAGCAUGGCCGUGCUACGCUACCUCGUCGAAGAGCUCGGAAUGGACCCCUCGCGACGCUACACUGGCCUGGGCACCAUUGCGUUGCAUGGUGCCGCUCAGCAAAAGAAUUUGGAAAUGGUCAUCCGUCUCCUCGAUGCCGGCAGUGAUGUCAAUGCCGUUAACAAUGUUCGUCUGCGCGUCCUCCAAGAGCUGUGUCACGCAAUCCUUUGCAGAUUUGUUCAUGUCGUAUCUCAAAUCAUGCGUGUGUUCGAUGCAUGGACUGCAGCAAAACGAAACAUGCAUGCACUUUGUGUGUCAGCACGGCUCAUCCGUCCUUAUUCGUACCCUGCUCGCCGCGGGUUUUACUGGCAUCAACACUCAAAGCACGUGGCCCAUCGGCGUGAGGGCUGGCCAGCACCGGUCAUUGAAGUUGUGGAACGUAUUAGCUCUGCCAGCAAUUUGGUGGAAUUUUUGGCCGACGACGACGACGACGACUCGGAUGAGCCAGACAUUCCUUUUCGCCUUGUGUGA